CGCGACGGUUGGCGGGGGCGUCCCUAGUGUCGGGGCACGGCCUGCCCCCUUCCCCCUCCCCGACCGCGUGUGCAGGUGGGACGGUCCCAGGGCGCGCGGGGCGGGGCGGGGCCAGGGCCCCCAGCCCACCGCCGCCUUCCGCGCAACACUGCCCGCGCCAGCAUGGAGCCCCCAUCCGCCGCCACCGCAGCCGCUGCCGCUACUGUCGCCGCCACCACAGUCGCCGCCACCAUCGCCCCCCGGGACAGCGCCCAGCCGCCCGACGUCCCAGGCUGGCGCGUCUGCCUGCGGGGCCUGCGGGGCGCUCUGCCGCCCGACGUGCGACGCGAGGCGGCCGCGUUGGUGGCGCUCGCGGGCCCCGUGUUCCUGGCGCAGCUGAUGAUCUUCCUCAUUAGCGUCGUCAGCUCCAUCUUCUGCGGGCAUCUGGGCAGAGUCGAGCUGGACGCCGUCACGCUCGCGGUGUCGGUGGUGAAUGUCAUUGGGAUUUCCGUGGGAACUGGCUUGGCCUCCGCUUGCGACACUCUGAUGUCUCAGUCCUUUGGCGGCAAGAACCUAAAACGCGUGGGGAUCAUCCUUCAGAGAGGAAUCCUCAUCUUGUUGCUGUGCUGCUUUCCAUGCUGGGCCGUCUUCAUCAACACGGAGCGCAUCCUCCUGCUUUUAAAGCAAGACCCCGAAGUCUCCAGGAUAGCCCAGAUUUAUGUGAUGAUUUUUAUUCCUGCUCUUCCUGCAGCCUUCCUCUUCCAGCUGCAGACGAGAUAUUUGCAAAGCCAGGGCAUCAUCAUGCCGCAAGUGAUCACUGGGAUUGCAGCGAAUGUGAUCAAUGUGGGCAUGAACGGCCUCCUACUCUACGCCCUGGACCUCGGGGUUGUAGGAUCUGCCUGGGCAAACACCACUUCCCAGUUUCUCCUGUCUGCUCUUCUUUUCCUGUAUGUGUGGUGGAAAAAAAUUCACGUCGACACCUGGGGAGGUUGGACUUGGGACUGUUUCCAAGAAUGGGGCUCCUACAUCCAGCUGGCUAUUCCCAGUAUGUUCAUGGUGUGCAUUGAGUGGUGGACCUUUGAGAUUGGAACCUUCCUCGCAGGUCUGAUUAGUGUGACGGAGCUUGGGGCCCAGGCCAUCAUUUACGAACUGGCUUCUGCAGCCUACAUGCUGCCCCUUGGCUUUGGUGUGGCGGCCAGUGUCCGCGUGGGCAAUGCCCUGGGCGCGGGGAAUGCUGAGCAGGCCCGGCACUCCAGCGUCACCGUUGUCCUCUGCGCCGGCGUUUGCGCACUCGUGGUGGGCGUUUUACUCGCAGCUUUGAAGGAUGUGGUUGCCUACAUAUUUACCAGUGACAGAGAUAUUAUUUACCUUGUGAGCCAAGUGAUGCCGAUUUUCGCUCCCUUUCAUCUAUUUGAUGCACUCGCAGGCACCUGCGGGGGAGUCCUUCGAGGUACAGGGAAACAAAAGAUCGGUGCUAUCUUGAAUGCCGUUGGUUAUUAUGUUUUCGGUUUUCCCAUUGGAGUAUCUUUGAUGUUUGCUGCUAAACUUGGGAUAAUAGGUCUCUGGUCUGGAUUGAUCAUCUGUGUUUUCUUUCAAGCCCUUUUCUAUCUGGUGCUCAUCUGCAGGACGAAUUGGAAGAGAGCUGCCGAGCAGGCACAGGUCCGAGCUGGGCUGAAGGGGAUCAAAGAGACCACGCCGUCACCAGCAGAUCUACCUGUCUUGGAGAAAGAAGUAACUGAUGGAGUGGUUCUGCCUGAUGUCCUCACACCCGAGAGCCAGACCUUCCAACUAAUGGUCCUAGACGAAAGCAGCCAGUACACCGUUUCGACCAUCGGGGAUGUCCUGACAGGAAGACAGUUGAUUUUCUAUCGUGGAAUAGCUCUAGCUGUCGCUGUCGCCGUUCUUUUAGCGGGCAUUUUAGUAAGGGUCUUCAAUGACCGUGGCUAAAAUAGAAGCAUUAGCACCAGCCCACAGACUAGACAUGAUCGUUCCAUGCCGUCUUAGUUGUCCCAAGAAUCUGCACUGUCUUCAUGGAGAUCAAGGCCAGAUGUGGAAUUCUAAGUUUCUCCCAGAUGUUAACUAUAUCAUGUAAACUAUAUCAUUGUAAAUCUGUAAAUUUGAUUGUCCCUGCUGGAAGUGUUCUGUGCUCUUAUGUUGAAUGUCUUCCCUCUUUCAGGAAAGUUCAUUGCCCUGUAAAACUGAUUGCUGAACCAGCUUUGUUUGUAUUUCUCUGUUAGUGUAUUUACUCUUACCAGUGGGUAUGUAUUAAGUGCCUGUUCAAGUCCUAUCUCAGGUAUGGCCAUACAAGCUUUUAUAAAAUUAAACACCUUAAAACUGAAAAUGCGUGCUAAUGAUAU